GUUUUGUUGUGGAAUUGUCUAGGUCAAAAAAACGCGAUUACCGUCAUUUAUUUUGAAACAAAGAUAUGUUACAUACGUUGUGCAAGUUUUCGAGUGCAUCUCUGCGCACCAACAAGGCAAAGGCGUCUCUAAAUAAACGCAGUUAUUCUGCGCACAAUGACCCUAUUAUCGGGAUCGAUCUUGGAACUACCUACUCGUGCGUUGCCGUCAUGGAGGGGUCGUCUGCACGUGUUAUUGAGAACUUAGAGGGAGACCGAACGACGCCGUCUGUGGUGGCGAUUCUCGAGGAUGGCACCCGCAUGUGUGGCAUGCCAGCCAAGCGUCAGGCUGUGACCAAUCCCUUGAACACGUUCUUCGCUACGAAGCGUCUGAUUGGGAGGAGGUAUGACGAAAGCACGACCGCCAAGUACAUGAAAAUGGUUCCGUACAAAAUUGUACGUGGUCCGAAUGGGGACGCGUGGGUUCAGGAUUCUAAGGGCAAGAACUACUCCCCGUCCGAAGUAGCGGCCUUCGUGUUGACGAAAAUGAAGGAGACUGCGGAGAGUCAUUUGAACAAGAAGGUACAAAAGGCGGUGAUUACCGUUCCUGCGUAUUUCAACGACGCGCAGCGUCAGGCGACGAAGGAUGCCGGUAAAAUUGCUGGUCUCAAUGUGCUUAGGAUUAUCAACGAGCCGACGGCGGCCGCCCUGGCUUACGGCAUGGACAAGGUGGAGAACGAUCGAGUUAUCGCGGUUUACGAUUUGGGUGGUGGGACGUUUGAUAUUUCGAUUCUGGAAAUUUCGGCUGGCGUGUUCGAGGUGAAGGCUACCAAUGGAGACACGUUUUUGGGUGGCGAGGACUUUGACACUCACCUUCUGGAGUACAUAGUGGAGGAGUUUAAGAAGUCCACUGGCUUGGAUUUGUCGAAGGACCGUCUCGCGUUGCAGCGUUUGAAAGAGGCGUCUGAGAAGGCCAAAUGCGAACUUUCUUCUUCUUUGGUUGCGGAGAUCAACUUGCCUUAUAUUACUGCCAAUGCGUCUGGUCCCAAGCACUUGAAUCUCAAGAUUACGCGUGCCAAGUUCGAGUCGUUGGUGAAUGACUUGAUUCUGCGAUCGAUUGACCCGUGUAAGAGGUGCUUGCACGACGCCAAGAAGACUCCUUCUGACAUCGACGAGGUGGUGUUGGUCGGCGGGAUGACGCGUGUGCCCAAAGUGCGCGAGGAAGUUAAGGCGUUCUUUGGGAAGGAGCCGUUUAAAGGUGUGAAUCCGGACGAGGCCGUUGCGAUUGGCGCGGCCAUUCAGGCGGGUGUGCUCGGUGGAGAGGUGAAGGAUCUUUUGCUGCUCGACGUCACGCCGCUUUCUCUUGGUAUCGAGACGCUGGGUGGCGUUAUGACAAAGCUCAUUGAGGCCAACGUUACCAUUCCUACGAAGAAGUCUUCUGUGUUUUCGACGGCGGCCGACAACCAGACAGAGGUUGAGAUUAAGGUUUUGCAGGGUGAGCGUCCCAUGGCGGCUGACAACAAGCUACUAGGUCGCUUCAACCUGGUUGGUAUUCCGCCCGCACCCAAGGGCGUGCCUCAAAUUGAGGUCACCUUCGACAUCGACGCGAAUGGUAUGGUGAGCGUGUCAGCGAAGGACAAGUCUACCGGAAAGGAGCAGCAAAUUCGCAUCCAAACUUCUGGUGGUCUAACGCCCGAGGAAAUUGAAAAGAUGCGCCGCGACGCGGAGACCUACAAAUCGGUAGACGAGGCGAAGCGAAACUCCAUUGAGGCCAGGAACAGAGCCGAGAUGUCCUUGUACGACGUCGAGAAGGGGCUCACGGAUUACAAGGAGGUUUUGACCGAACAGGAGCGUCAGCAGAUUACCGAGGCGUUGGAGAAGGCGCGCGUGGUUAUCUCGAACCAAUCCUCGACGGCAGAGCAAAUCAACGAGGCGGUUUCUGCUUUGCAAUCGACAUCUAAUGGCAUUUACACAUCGUGCUACAAUCGUCGAAACAACGGGUCGCCUGGGUCUCAGAGCAGCGGGAGCGGUUCGAGCAGCGAAACGGUAGACGGGCAGAAUUGAUCGGUUCACACGCUAGGAGAGGCUAUCCUUUGGUGUAUUUGGCGAGGCGUAUUGCUGCACGGCUGGUUUCGGAGGGAGAGGGAGAGCGUGAUGUCGCCAACCGAGAGUUUGGAAAAGAGGUCGACUUCACUGCUUGGCGCGGGUUUGCUCGAGUCGCGCUUUUUGGCCGAGUUCUCUGAAGCCCGCUAUUAGAGUGCGAAGUCUCUUGUGGAGGAGAGCCGCGUUUAUUAAAAGAAUUUUUGUUCGGUUAA